AUGGGUAUAAGUAAAAGGUUUUGCUGGGCUCGCUCUCCUGCUUCGUGUGGAAGUGGGGCUAGGCACGUGUGGGGUCUUGCAUUUGGGUGGGCUCAGGCUGCCUUAAAUGAGCUGAGAGUAAGAAGGGGAGAGGAGGGCCAGAAGAAGAAGAGAAGCUACAGUAGCAUCCACGAGGCGGUGAAAGCCGGAGACGUGGAACAACUCGCCAUCUUCGUGAAAAGUGGAACAAACAUCAACGAGGUCGAUCCAGUCCAUAAGUUCACGCCGCUCCACUGGGCUGCCCAUUCUGGUAGCCUCGAGUGUCUUCAUUGGCUGUUGUGGCACCGGGCGAAUGUCUCAGAUGUUACAACAAGAGGUUGGAGCGCAGCCCACCUGGCGGCUAUAAAGGGCCAGGAUGCCUGUAUGCAGGCGCUGGUUAUUAACGGAGCAGACCUUUUAGCCAAGGAUGACCGGCUGUGCUGUCCCGCUCAUCUGGCCUCGGCCCAUGGACACUCAUUCACUCUGCAGACCAUACUUCGCAGUGGAGUGGACACCAACACCCCCGAUAGAAGUGGCUGGACGCCGGUUCACUACGCAGCCUUCCACGGAAGACUCGGCUGUCUUCAACUACUCGUAAGGUGGGGAGCGACUGUAGAAGACUGUGAUUACAGUGGAAACACUCCAGCACACUUAGCCGCCAUGGAAGGACAUCUGCAUUGCUUAAAGUUUCUACUCAGCAAAGUGGCCUGCGUGACUCAAACUCUUGAAGCAAGGAACAACGAGAGAAGGACUCCAAAGGAGCUGGCCCAGAGAUUCUUUAAAGACGAUAUUGUUCGGUAUAUUGAAGGGGUAGAAUAUGAACGAGACCAUCCAGAGGAGCAAGAGAAUUUGGCAUUUCCAGCCCAUGUUGCUGCCUUCAAAGGUGACCUCGUAACCCUUAGGAAACUGGUGGAAAACGGAAUAAUCAACAUUAAUGAACGUGAUGACAAAGGAGCUACUCCGCUGCACAAAGCUGCAGGGCAAGGUCGCAUAGAGUGUCUGCAAUGGCUCCUGGAGAUGGGGGCCGAUUACAACAUUAACAACGAAGCUGGGGAAACUGCAAAAGACGUAGCUAGAAGGUUUGCCCAGCUGGCAGCUGUAAAGCUCCUCGGGGGCAACGCAGACGUGGAUUCAGACGAGGAAUUAACCGACGACGAUCCAAAUUACUUUGAAAGACACGGAGUGGAGGGGAGCACUGAUCAGCUCGACGAUUUAAAUCUGAGCGCCGGGCAGAAAAAGCAGGCACGCGCGAGGGCUUACAAAAAGCUGAAGGAACUCGAGAGACUGAUGGAGAUCGCAAAGAACAAUUACAAGCAUCUCGGUGGCAUCCUAGAGGAAGAAAGCCAGAAGAAGCGAGAGCAGAAGGAAUCCGAAAAUAAGAUAAAGGAGCUGGAAGAGCAGCUGGAAUAUGAACGCCUGCGCAGGGAAAAAAUGGAAAUCAAGAUGGAUGAAUACAGGGUAGAAAUUGCCCAUCUCAGCCAGUGUCUGGAAAAGAUGAAGCCGCCAUCAAACCCAUCUGUGGUAAAACUGUCUGACGAGUACAAAGAAAAAAAGAAGGCAAAGAAAAAAACUCCUGCACAGCGCAUCCCCAGCGGUGUCUUCAUGAAAAGAGGCAUUGAGAAAUGAUUGGGGGAAUAUCUGCAGAUUUCUAUACUAAUGACGUUAUGGGGGUGGGGAUAUAGCAAUGUAGCCUAAUUUUUAUAUUUUUUAUUUCAUAAGAAACUGUUCUUCUUGCUUUAAGAAAAUCAUCAGAAUUGUAGAGAGCAAAACACAGCUCCUGAUGUUGGAGGCGGAAUAAACAUUUAUUAAAUGGCCAACCUAAAACAUAUUCAAAUGUCAGGGGAGUGAGGAAGGACAUUCUGCAGCAGCAUGAGACUGCUAUUUGGUUUAGUAUAUUUUUCACUUAACAGAAUAAUGGCAGCACAUUCAUCCCAUUUCAUUUUACAUUAUGAAGGACCAACCCCACUGAGCGUCAGCUCCAAUGAAUAGCUUGGCAGGUCCUGAAUAAAGUAUGUUUAAGUCAGUGAAAUUUCUCGGAAGUCACUUUGCUUAGAGAACUAUACAUUAUUUGUACCUUUGUAUGCUGUAUUACAGGGCCAUAACUAGAAAC